AUGGCAUACACUUCAUACUUUGAAGCACUGGAAGAAUGUCAGCUAAGUUCCUUGGAGUAUCGCAGGCUCUAUAAUUAUUUGGUCUACACAUGUCAUUGUUACUACAAUGUUAAUAUUAAUAAUGAAAGUAGAUCGAAUUAUCACCGACACUUGGAGGAUUGUGGUAGAAAUAAACCAAUAGAACACAAUUUAUCUUCUGAAAAACAUAUCAAAUUCCAAAAUAUUGGUAAAACCCAAAAGCAUAGAUACGUUAUUUACGCAGACUUCGAAAGUAUUAUCAAAAAAUAUUACACACAAUUGAAUAAUCCAGAAGAAUCUUGGACUACUGAUGUUGGAAAACACAUUCCAGCUGGAUUUUGUGUUGUUUUAGUUGAUUCUUAUGAAAAAAAAAUUUAUGCUAAAAAAUCCUACAUCGGAUAUGAUGCUGCUUUAGAGUUCAACAAAUACAUCAUUGAAAUAUCUCGAGAAAUUUUGAAAUUAGGUAAUGUGAGAAUGAAACAAUUAAGUCAAAAAGAAUGGACAGAUUACAAUGAAAACAAAGAGUGUCCUAAUUGCAAGAUUAAAUACAACUCUAAAAAUAUGAAAACUACUAAAGUUAGAGAUCAUGAUCAUUGGACUGGAGAAUAUCGUGGACCUCUUUGUGGAUCUUGUAAUUUAGCGAAAAGAAAGAAUAAUUUUAUUCCUAUAUUCUUUCACAAUCUUAGAGGUUAUGACUCUCAUCUGAUUGUUGGAUGUCUUGAAAGUACUAAAUAUUUAUUUAUAAAUUACCUUCAGAGACAAAUAACUUUUAUGAUAGAAUGGAGUAACAUGACCAGUGAUAAUUUCAAAAUCAGUAAAGAUUACUAUUCUUCUUGCAAAGAAGUUGUUGAAAAAUUUGAAUUGAUGCAAAGAAAAGGUGUAUAUCCAUAUGAGUACAUGGAUUCUUUCAAGCGAUUUCAAGAAAUGAAACUACCUCAUAUUUCUUUAUUUUAUGAUAAACUCAAUGGGAAAGAAUGUUCACAAAAAGAUUAUUUAUAUGCUAAGCUAGUUUGGAAUAAAAUGAAUUGCUCUACUUUAGAAGAUUAUACUAGAAUUUAUAUGAUCAAUGAUGUCCUUCUUUUAGCUGAUGUUUUUGAGAAUUUUAGAAACUUAAGUCUCAGGGUUUAUGAGCUUGAUCCUUGUUGGUAUUUCACAAGUCCGGGAUUAGCUCGGGAUGCUAUGUUAAAAAAGACUAAAGUAGAAUUAGAAGUACUUCAAGAUGUUGAGAAAUACCUGAUGAUUGAGAAGGGAAUAAGGGGUGGUAUUGUUAAUGCUGUCAAAAGAUACUCUAAGGUUAAUAAUAAAUACACUAAUACUUUUGAUCCUUCAAUUCCUUCAAAUUAUCUGAUGUACUUAGAUGCUAAUAAUCUUUAUGGUUGGGCCAUGAAACAAAAAUUACCUACAGGAGAUUUCCAGUUUGUUAUUCAGUCUUUAAUUGAUGUUCUCAAUGAUGAGAGAUUAAAAAUAGAGGAUUAUAUUGAUUAUUUGAAAAAUUUAGGUAAAGGAUGUAUUUUCGAAGUAGAUUUGGAAUAUCCUAAGGAUUUACACUCAAAGCACAAUGAUUUUCCACUGUGUCCAGAAAAUGUGAAAAUUAAUAAACAAACUGUAAAAAAGUUGUGUAAUACAUUAUUUGAUAAAGAGAAAUAUGUUAUUCAUAAUGAAAACGUGUUGCAAUGUCUGCAAUUAGGACUAAAAAUUAAAAAGAUACAUCGAAUCCUUACUUUUAAGGAGAGUAAAUGGCUUGAAUCUUACAUUGAAAUGAAUACUAAUCUUCGAAAAACAGCUAAAAAUGAUUUUGAGAAAGAUUUUUUCAAACUUAUGAAUAACUCAGUUUUCGGUAAAACAAUGGAAAAUGUUAGAGAAAGAGUUGAUGUCCGUUUAGUUACAGAUGAAGAUAAAAUAAUAAAAUUAGCCUCAAAACCUAACUACAAAAGAACCAUCAUGUAUAACAGUGAGUUAUCUGCUGUAGAAAUGGAGAAAACUAAUAUCGUUCUUGAUAAACCGAUUUAUAUAGGUUUUGCUAUUCUAGAUCUGAGUAAGUGGUUGAUGCACGACUUUCAUUACAAUGUUAUGCAGAAGAAAUAUCGAAAUGUAGAGUUAUGUUACCAAGAUACUGACAGUCUCAUAUAUGACAUCAAGACUGAAGAUUUUUACAAAGAUGUGGAAAAAGAUAUCUAUUUUCGAAGACAUUUCGAUUUCAGUGAUUAUUCGGAAGAUCAUGUACUUCAUAGCACAGAGAAUAAGAAAGUUGUCGGAAAAUUUAAAGAUGAAUUGAAUGGAAAUAUUAUAACUGAAAUAGUUGCUCUAAAGCCUAAACAAUAUGCUUUUAAGACUCUAGAUGGUGAUGAAACUAAGAAAAGUAAAGGUGUUAAAAAGAAUGUUGUCAAGAAUGAGUUGACUGUCGAUGAUUAUAAGCACAGCCUUUUCAAUAAGACUGUUGUAUUUUAUGAUUUCUUCUGGUGGAUUCAAUCCAAAAGAAUCAAAAUAAUAAAUAUUUUCUUUAUUCUUGGAGUAGCAGACCCAAUGAGUACCUUUUCCACUAGAAGAAUCUAA